UCGUCUUUUGGGUUUGACGUUUAUAUUUGCGGAAGAAAAACUCGUCGCCAAUCGGUGAGCAUCAAAACUUGAAAAUCUAUUAAAUUAAUAGUGGAUUUUAUUCAAGCCAAGUUCGGAAAAGCGUCUUUGAUUUUUCUACGAUAUGGGACGUAAACGAGACAGUGACGGGUCUGGCUCGGAUUCUGAUUCGAGUCGUGGCAGUCGCAGCCGUAGUGGCACACCGCAGGUUGCUCCUACACCUGGCUACUCCCUGGAGCAUCAUGAUUCCAGAUCCAAUUCGCCACAUGGAAAUCGUUCUCGUUCCGGAACCCCUCAAGCAAAUCGUUCUCGUUCUGGAUCCCCACAAGCAAAUCGUUCUCGUUCCGGAUCCCCACAAGCAAAUCGUUCUCGUUCAGGAACCCCACAUACAAAUCGGUCCCGUUCUGGAACUCCGCAGAACCGCAGUCGUUCGAAUUCUGCCGGAUCUCAGCGAUCCCGAUCUGGAUCACACCAUUCUGGAAAAUCUCGGUCACAAUCGCCAGCUGGCUCACAACGUUCUCGCUCGGGUUCGGUCAGAUCGCGCUCCGGUUCUAAAAGUCCUGCGGGGUCGCAGCGCUCCGGAAGGUCACGUUCGCAUUCACAAGCGUCUGGUGGCAGUGCCAAGUCUCGAUCUCGCAGUGGCACACCAGCAAACCGAUCGCGAAGCGGAAGUCCUGCCCGUUCGAGAAGUGGUUCGCGUUCCAGGUCAGCUUCACCGGCAAAAUCUCAGGCAAGCCGUAGAUCGCGAUCGCGGUCACGUCAUUCUGGAUCGCGCUCACCUUCACAAGCUAAGUCGCAAAGAUCAAAAUCUGGAUCGCGAUCUCCAUCUAAAAGUGGCCGAAGCCGUUCAGCAUCCGCAGAUUCAGAAGUAGGAGAAAAGCGAAAGCGAGCUGUGAUUGGCAGUGAUUCUGGCUCCGAUGGCGAAAAGAUACAUACAAAAAAGAAAAAUAAACUUAUCGAUUCCGAUUCCGACGAGGCCUCCGACCGAGAUGAACCGCAGAAGGCAAAGGAUAGCGUGACAGCUGAUGCUCUCUUCGGUGAUGCCGACGACAUCAGUUCAGACGAAGCUUCAGAGCGGGAACGAGAUGAGCUGGAUGAUUUGGAGGACGAUCAGAAAAAGGAUAGCGAUCGAGAACGAUCGAGAAGUCGAAGCCGAUCCCGAUCAAGAUCCAGGUCAAGAUCGAGAAGCCGCGGCAGUGACCGCCGAUCUUCCGAUGAAGAGAGGGGUGAAGGAUUGGCAAGAUUCGACGAACCAAAAGAACCCGAACCUGAACCGGAACCAAUUCCAGAAACAAGGAUUGACGUUGAAAUUCCCAGAAUUGUCACUGAUCUUGGCCGAGACUUGCAUUUCGUAAAGCUUCCUAAUUUCCUUUCGGUGGAGACUCGUCCAUUUGACGUUGAAACCUACGAGGAUGAGAUCGACGAAGAAGAAACACUCGAUGAGGAAGGUCGACAACGUUUAAAACUAAAAGUUGGAAACACCAUUCGUUGGCGGAACAACAUCGACGACGAAGGAAACGGAGUCCGAGAAACUAAUGCACGUUUGGUGCGAUGGUCUGACGGCAGUCUAAGUCUGCAUCUAGGAUCUGAAAUAUUCGACGUUUAUAAGCAGCCACUGCAGGGCGACCACAACCAUCUUUUCAUCCGCCAGGGUACCGGUCUUCAAGGUCAAUCCGUUUUUCGAACCAAACUCACUUUCCGCCCGCAUUCAACGGAAUCGUUCACUCACAAGAAGAUGACAAUGUCUCUCGCCGAUCGAUCGACCAAAACUUCCGGAAUUAAGAUUCUUACCCAAGUUGGAUUCGAUCCAGAUGCGAAUCGUAAAGAAAAUAUUCGCAAGGAGGAAGAAAAACUGCGAAUGGCAAUGCGAGCGAAACCAACGGGUACGACCAAAUCCAGUAGCCGUAAACGGGACUCCGGCACAAACGCCAACAGUUCCUAUCAACACGACGAAGGAUCGGACGAUGAAGGAGGUAUUUCCAUUGCCGCUAUUAAGAACAAAUACAAGGACGAUCGUUCGAAGCCGAAGCAGGGAGCCGCAAUUUAUUCGUCCGACGAAGAUGGUUCAGAUUUGGACAUGGGUCGCAAGAAAAAGAAUGUUGACAAAAAGAAGGUGCUUAAAGCAUUGGGAGACUCCGACGAUAGCGACGAAGGUUCUGCUCAUUCCGGUUCCGGCUCAGUAUCGGGUUCUGGUUCUGAGCGCGGAUCUGGAUCCGGCUCUGAUGCUGGAUCAGGCAGCGAAAAAAGUGGAGGAGCGAAAUCUGGAGGAGGUGGCGGUGAAGACAGUGACGAGUAAUUUUGUUUUAAAUUAUACAUUGGUGUACAUUUGAUAACACUAAUAUCAAUAAAGCUACGUAAUUAUCUCCCACAAAUCUA